GUCGAAAAGUCUCUUAAAACAUCCUCCUUCUCUCAUCUACUGCCACGAUCCGCACAAUUUUUUUCCUCGAAUCAAAACAUCUUCACUAGCAUGUCUUUCGCCUCGUCUUCCCGUAUUGUUCUCGCCCGAAGCAACAUCCCUUCCAUCGGAUCCACUCGAGGUGUCCUCCAUCGGGCUCGACCUCCUCGAAUGCCGGUCCUCCCUUCUCCCCACAACCCCAAGCAACCUCUCCCCACCUCCGGUACUUCCCACCCUGUCCCGCCCAACCUCGGUACUCCUUCAGUCCUCACCACUGUCACUGCCCUUCCUGAUAGCGGACUAACUUUCCACCAUUCUCCUCCUCCUUCUGCACCUAGCUACACCAACGGUGCCGUCCCUGAUUUGUUCAGGUGGACAGCUGGGGAGAGCGUGAGGCUGAGCGGAGAAGAGGCUGCCAUGGCUUUAGGUGAAAGGAGAUGGUACGGAGGCAAGGUUGACUGGAGUGGAGAGCUUGUGCAGAAAAUGAGGGAUUUAAGGGGGCAGGGUUUGUCCAGAAGGGAGAUUGGCGAGAGUUUGCAGAUCGCCCCUGAACAGCAACGUCUCAUAUCUCGUGUCGCUCCUCAAUCACGAGAACAAGCAUCUGCCAAGGUCGAAGAAUUUGCUGAGCACAAAGCUAAAUGGGGUUACAGGAAAAGGUUGGCUAGGGAAGUCAGGCAGAAGAGGAAGGAGUUCUGGUAGUUGUGUUGGUGAUUGCACGAGAAGGCAAUAUGCAUGGGGUUUCGGAAUUUCCAUGUCUGUUCAUCA